CCGAUCUUCUCGGAUCCGCCCAGGAAGUGGCAGACACAGAGAGGGAGGCAGCGAGAAAACACAGCCGAGAAAAGGAGUAUUACUAGCUGAAAAAGUUGUGAAAUUACCACCUUUAAAACAACAUUUAACCCGUGUUUUCUCCAUGUAUUUCCCCCUGAAAACUGGACACAGACUCAGCUUUUGACGCUGGUUGGGGGUUCGCUUGAUUCUGUUAACAUGGGGAUGAAUGGCGGGGUUUUAUCUCAUUUCGCAUAACGUCGGUUUCCUGCGAGAAAGUGAAGUUUUACCCUCUAAAAACUGAGGAGUGGGAUUAAGUUUAAGUAGGGUUUUUUUUUACCCUAAGUAACGGUACGCUUCUUUUGUCUUUAUUUUACCCUCCCUGGACCCUGUUAUCAUGACGCCUGACCUCCUGAACUUCAAGAAGGGGUGGAUGUCCAAACUGGACGACAGCGGAGAGUGGAAGAAGCAUUGGUUUGUUCUGACUGACGCUGGACUGAAGUACUACAGAGACUCGAGUGCAGAGGAGAAAGAUGAGCUGGACGGGGAGAUUGACCUCAAAUCGUGUGUGAAAGUGUGUGAGUUUGACGUGGAGAAGAACUAUGGGUUUCAGGUACAGACGAGGGACUCCGCGCACACUCUGUCGGCCAUGACGGCGGGGAUCAGGAGGAAUUGGAUCGAGGUUUUAAAGAAGUGUAUAAGACCCAGCAGCUCUCCAGACCUCACACAAUUACCAGACGGCAGCAGUGAUAAGGAGAACUCUCAUUCCCGCUUCCUCCAGUCGUCCCGCCGCCCGUCGUCCCGUCACGCCGAAGCCCCCUCAGAAGCCCCGCCCCCGGCUCCUCCCACUCACCGCAGGUUCGACUACGUGGAGCUCUCUCCGGUUCCCGUCCCCGCCGGGCAGAGAGAGGCAGCCGAGGGUCAGGGCCGGGAGCACAGCCAAUGGCAAGAGGAGAGGAACACCAGCAGCCAAUGGGAGGCCGUGCUGUCCAGGAAGGGCACCGGCGCGGGAUCCAAUCAGAGGCUACGCACCGAGGAUGACGUCGAGAAAAAGUGGGCUGAGUUCGAACGCUUGCCGCUGAAGGAGAUGAGCUCCUUACCACCAAUGGGAACACAGCCUUCCAGCCAGUCAGCCAAUGAGGCGCUGCAGAGGGAGGUGGCGUCACUGAGGCAGCAGCUACAGCAACUACAGGGAGGAGGAGGAGGAGGAAGACUGGGAGGAAGAGGAGCAGGUGUGAGGGGGGGCUGUGGUCCGGAGGCUCCGUGCGGGCGCAGCCUGUUGGCCAUGGACCAGGCUCACCACCAGGCUCUGGAGGAGCUGCAGAGGCAACACGAGAGGCAGGUGAAGCAGCUGGAGAGCGAGAAGGAGAGGCUGCUGACGGAGGAGACCAGAGACACAGCACGAGUGAUGGAGGCUUUGAAGAAGAAACACAGAGACGAGCUGGAGAGAGAGGUGGAGAGAGUCAAGAGGCUGGGCAGCGGCGGGGGGGUGGAUUCACACACUCUGAGAGCACAUCAACAGUCGGAGACUCAGGCUCUGCAGAGGGAGCUGGCCGGCCUCUCUGAGCGCUACUCUCAGAAAUGUCUAGAGGUGAACCGAUCGGAGCAGAGCAGCGCUGAGAGAGAGAGGGAGAUCAGCCGCAAGGAGAGAGACAUGGAGCAGCUGAGGAAGGAGAACCAGGACCUAAAGGCUCGUCUGGCGGAGGAGAUGAGUCGAACACGAUCUUCUAACACGUCUCAGAGCUCAGAGGACAGGACGCCCUGUGAGCUGGAGGUUCUUCUCAGGGUGAAGGAGAACGAGAUAGAGUAUUUACACAAGGAGAUCAGCUGCCUGAGGAACGAGCUGCAGUUCCUAAACGCGGAGAAGCGUCUGGCCUCUGAUCGAUACACGGAGAUGCACGAGGAAAUGAGUGGGAUGAAGGGCCGCAGCGAGAGGGAGGUCCAGAGUCUGAAGGAGCACCUGAGGCUGGCCAUGGCCGCGCUGCAGGAGGGCCAGAAGCUGGGGAACAGCCUGGAUCACUGAGAGGGGCUGCUGGUACUGACAGGUGUGUCUGCUUCCAGGUGACUGAAUCAAAGACAGAAAUGCAGAGGAGAAGAUAGUUGGAGUUCCAGCGUUGUCGGGACCAAGAUAGUGCCUUUAGUUUUCAAUCCUUCUGCCAAUGAGCAGCAUAGAGCUAACAGCUGGUUUUAUUACACUGGGCCACACACGAUAACAUAUAUAAAACUGCACUUUUUUAUUUCUUAAUUUGCUUCUGCUUGCUUUGAGUACAAGCAUGUAUGAGAGCGAAUUUGGUCUGAAAACUGGAAUAUUUGUUGUGUCUUUUUUGAUCAGGUAUUGUAGAUAAGGAAGUGUCAUUGCGUCUGUGAUUUCAGCAACACAGUUACAUACGAGCUUCUGUCCUCUCACUAUGUUGUACAGCUUUUUGAGUCGUGUUUACUCUGUGAAAAGGAGCUCAUCAAUUGCUUUAAUUAUUUCUUUUUUUUUUACCUGGAAAGAUGUUUUUGUUAAAAUUUGGGAUGAAUACAGGACAAGACAGCAGACGUUUCGAACUCCUGGCUGGCUGAAUUGGAAGUUGAUCAAUGUUUUUAUACAAAUUCAAGCACGACUUUCUUUGCUUGUAAAAGCUGUUGAAUGAAUGUUGUCCCACAUGUUUUUAUUUUAAAGUCUGAGAAGCAGCAGGCUUCCAGUUUCCCCUGAUCAUUGUUGGCAUUAUUUUUUUUGUGCCACUAACAAAACAAAUGACAGGUGUUGCAUCGAUGAGCCAAUCUUUUUUUAUUGACAGUAUGAAUUGUGAUAAAUAGACUUAUCUACCUGCCUUUUUUUGCUAAUAUUUUCAUAUUUAAAGUACUGUAGAGCCCGUAUCGUCUUUGUAAAUUAUACCGUUUUUUGCAAUCAAUAAAAUAAAUUCAACAGAAA